GUUGAUGCUGCUCGGGCAGUGAACGCACCCCGCCUGUCUGCUCUCUAGUUACAGUAUGGCGGCCGGGACUUGCGGAGGAGGACAACUUCUUCUAGAUUCCUUCCAGAAAACUGUAGGAAGGCGACGGUUAUAAUUCUUAACCGUCACGUCAGACACGACCUGGACUGAGAUACACGACAACAGCAUAACUUAUGGCUUUCACCGUGGCUUUUCCUGGGAGAUCAUCGGGCUGGUGUGAUGCGUGAGGACCCGCAGUCAAGAAACUCCCCUGAUUUUUCCGCGUCUGUUUCUCUCUUGACUGUCAGUUAGCCGGCUAGCUGCUUGGUAGCUCACCACCUUCAUGCUAACGUUCGCUUGCAGGGCUCAAUACUAGCCAAAAUACGGGCUAGCUUGCAGCUUUAUUUGAUCCAGGAGACAGGGAUGGCAUUUGCCCCCCAUUUGGUAAGCGAACUGGUUGAAAGGGGUGGGGGGAAAACAUUUGAGGACCUUGAUGAUAAGUUUGUCAGCACUCAUUAGCCUAGCCUAGCCUAGCUUGCUGGUACAACGCCAGAAAGCGCUGGCAGAGAGUUAGCGCUUUGCCUGUCUAAUAGCGAGCUAGCCAAUUAGCAUCGUAGUUGCACAUGAAGACCUACUAAUCCCCGCUCAUCCCUGUUGACUGUUUUGAAGCUUCUGCAGUAACUAAUUCAGGCGAAGAGCAGGGGCUGGGCCGCUUUAGUUGGCGAACCUUAAUUGAAUAUAACUCAGGGGUGUUUUUGGCGUUCAGCCUUGCUAGGUGUCGUUAGCGGUCUUAUAGGUAUUCUCUGGAGGGAGUGGUAACGUUAGGUAGCUAGCUAAGGUUCCCUGUAUCAGGGUAGCAAUGUCACCUAGAUUAUAACAGGUUGUAAAUAACAAAUACAUUACAGGUGAGACGUUAUUAAACGUCAAACGCGCGUAAACCGGUUGGCGUGUUGCACAUUGGGGUGUGGGUCCGCUAUUAGCUUGCUGCAAGACGAGACUUAAUUAGAAAGCGCGAAAUAAUUCAGCUCCCGAUAGACAUCAGAUAGUCAGUUUCCUGGACUGAUAACUCAUACGGUCAGUAGUCACAAUUAUUGCCGUGAACUGUUGCUUGUUCUAGAGGGAACUACAGGUCAAUUCUGUGGUGGCUGACUGGCUUCCUUCGCCUGUUUCAGUGCUGGAAUAGUUUGAUGGACGUGGAGGGCUGUUUGCCAGACUGUCAGAGCUAUACUCAGUCAUGUAUGUCUUGACACAUGGCAUCCUGGUCUGUACAUAGUGCCUGCUGUCAGCGAUCUAAGUGUAGUUAUGUAGCUUUGGACAGUCAGUGAAGGGAAUGUCUUGUCUUUUUUUGUACCGGUUGAUUUGUUUUUUAUUUUAGCUUUUUCACACAGAUGAGUCUUGUUGAAUCAAAGUGGGAAAGUGGAGCGGCCUUGGCUGUGCGUAGUGGACAAUGUUUAUUAGUUAGUGCCUAGAAGCUUAGAAGACUAACAGUUCUGCCUACAUAAAGGCCACAGAUAUUGACUAUUCAUUGGGGAUUGUGACCGAAGCCUGCCACUCUGGAUCAAGAAAACCUGCCCCUCGUAUCUGGUUGGAGUAAUACUCUCAAGCCAAAAUCAAUGCCUUCAGCGCUGGCCGUGUUUGCCUGCCGACCCAACUCGCAUCCAUUCCAGGAGCGGCAUGUAUACCUGGAUGAGCCAGUCAAGAUCGGCAGGUCUGUGGCUCGGUGUCGCCCGGCCCAGAACAAUGCCACUUUUGACUGCAAGGUGUUGUCCAGGAAUCAUGCCCUGGUCUGGUUCGACCACAAGACUGGCAAGUUCUACCUGCAGGACACUAAAAGCAGCAACGGGACCUUCAUCAACAGCCAGAGGUUGAGUCGCGGCUCGGAGGAGAGUCCGCCGUGUGAGGUUCUCUCCGGCGACAUCAUUCAGUUUGGCGUCGACGUCACUGAGAACACACGCAAAGUCACUCAUGGCUGCAUUGUGUCAACAAUCAAACUCUUCCUACCUGAUGGGAUGGAGGCACGCAGACGAAGCGAUGUUAUCCAGACUCCAUUACCACUACCUGUAGACAAGGUUGCAGCCAACACUCCCAGUAUGUAUUCUCAGGAACUGUUCCAGCUCUCCCAGUAUCUACAGGAGGCCUUACACAGAGAACAGAUGUUGGAGCAGAAGUUAGCCACUCUGCAGCGUCUGCUAGCCAACACUCAGGAGGCCUCAGAGAGCAGCUGGCAGGCUCUGAUCGAUGAAGACCGUCUGCUCUCCAGACUGGAGGUGAUGGGCAGUCAGCUACAGGCUUACUCUAAGUCCCAGACGGAGGAAGGGAUCCGUAAGGAGCUCUUGGCUCUUCAGGAGGACAAACACAACUAUGAGACGACGGCGAAGGAGUCUCUGAGGAGAGUCCUGCAGGAGAAGAUCGAGGUGGUCAGGAAGCUGUCAGAGGUGGAGCGCUCUCUGAGUAACACGGAGGAUGAGUGCACCCACCUGAAGGAGAUGUCUGAGAGGGGCCAGGAGGAGCUGAGGGAGCUCGCCAACAAGUACAACGCCUCUGUCAACGAGAUCAAAGAGCUCACAGACAAAAUUAAGGCAGCGGAGGGCCGGCAGGAGGAGCUGACACAGCGGGGAGCGAUGGAGAAGAGGGAGUUGGAGCUGCGGAUUGAGGAGAUGGAGGAGAAGGAGCAGGUUCUCCAGGCUCGCAUCGAAGCUCUGCAGGCUGACAACGACUUUACCAACGAGAGGCUCUCCGCCCUGCAGGUGCGGUUAGAACAGCUACAAGAGAAAAGCAUUAAAGAGAACAACAGUCUGGAUGUCGACAUUGUCUCCCACGGACCAGUAGAGGAGCCUGUCGAGGACAAACAGAGCCUACAGACACCUGAGAGCCAGAAGGAAGACAAGGAUGAGGAGGAGGAUACAGACACCGAUGAGGGUGCAGUUGGUGAAGAUGAAGAUAUUCAUGACAACUGUCAUGUUAACAGCGGAGGAGACUCGACUAGAAUCCAACAGUUGAUUGAGUGUCCGCCCGUCAAACAGCUGAAGGAGACUGUAAGCUCUUCAAUUCACAAACUGGCCAACUUCGACGAAGUGAUGGAUGCACACCUACAGAACAACCAGACGACAGAAGACAACAUCCUGGGCAGCCCUGAUCGACUCAAAGGGAAUCCAAUGGAUGCCAAAGAGUCAGACAUGUCAGACACUCUGAGUCCCAGCAAAGACCGCAGCAGUGACGAUACGUCAGACGGCAACAUGGACGACCAGGAGCUGAAUGAACCACAGAACAGAGUAGCUCUGCUCAAAGCUGAGUUGCAUCGGGCUGGUCUAGAGCCUGGAGACACAGAGCAGGUCAUCCACCAUCUCCACAGGGAGCUUCUGGAGGCCCAGGAAUUAGCCAACACUGGCAAGCAGAGAUGUCUGGAGCUACAAGCUCUGCUAGAAGACGAGAGGAGGAGCAACUCUCAGCAGACUGAAGAGUCGACCAAACAGAUCCAGUACCUGCAGACUCAGCUCGGGAAGCUGCAGGCUGACAUGGAGGCACUGAGGGAGCAGAGGGAGAGCACCAUCUGCACCACCAGAGAGGAGCUCUACUCCGCCCAGGAGGAGAUUCUCGUCCUGCGGCACGCCAUGGAGGCAGCCACGGUGGAGCGGGAACGGGAGAUCGCCGCCCUGCAGGCCGACUUGGGCAGCGUGCGGUCUGAACUGGAGCACUGGAGGACCACGGCCGCCAAGUACGAGGAGGAGAUCAGCCGGCUGCAGGAGGCCUUCACACAGCAGCAGCAGCAGCACAACACUGCCAUGCAGCUGCAGACGGAGUGUGUUACCUUGCAGCAGCGGUGUGUGUGUUUGCAGCAGGACUGUGACAGCCUGAGAGCUGAACGGACGGCUCUUACGGAGAAACUGCACCGCCUGGAGACUGAGCUGAGCAGUACCAGAGAGCAGAGCCAGGUCCUCAGUAGCAGUCUGGAGUCUCUGGAGAAGAGGGAGGAGGUUCUGCAGGACAAACUGGGUUCUCUGGAGAAUCAACACCUGCAGGAUGCAAGCAGGCUGAAGACUCAGCUGGACCAGGCCCAGGCCCACACACACACACUGCAGAAAGAGUAUGAAGACACGCAGUCCCAGCUGUUGGACCUCCGUCAGCGCUAUGAGAGAACAGAGAAGGAGAAGCUGAACAUCCACCAGGAGCUGGAGCAGUGCAGGAGCAGCCUGAAGCUGCUGCAGGACAAGACCAGCUCCCCAUCCAUAUUGCAGCCUGUCCAAGCCAUAUUCAUUGGCCUUGUCCUGGCUCUGCUCUACUGGUGUUUCGGCCAGUUGUGGUAGAAAGAGCGGCUGGAGCCCCUGGAUGCCGGUCAUCGCAGUGAUGGUCGCCGUGACGGCAGCCAUCCUCUACCCCAACUUCUCCAAGAGCAGCUCCACCUAGGACACACACACACACACACAUAUGCACACACACACACAUAUACACACAGAGCUGUGAGGAGAGCAUCACUGCUUUACUUGUAUAAAGUCUAAUUGUACAUAAUUGUAGAGGGAUUAUAAAGGUUGUGGUUUCUACAGAGGAUUCAGAUGUUUUGUUUUUGUUUGUUUGUUUGUUUUUUUUGCGGCGGACAGUUUUGUUCUUGUUUUUUAAUUCUCGGCUCUCUCUCAGCUGUGGUGGGGGCUUUUUGGUUUUCGUCUCUCUGCUGAUUUCUGGGUAACCAGACGUUCUCCGGCGGGCCGAGCUUCCUCCCAUCACACCCGUCCCGUCGCACGCACGCACGCGGGCGGGACGGAGGCGAUCGCAACGCUUUCCAGCAGCCGCAGUCCAGUCCAGAGACACACGAUCCACGAUCCACAGCCGUCACUGAAAACUGGCAGGUCUGCGUUUGCUGGAAGGGAACGUCUUCACACCUUUUGAUAGAUUUCAUCGGCUACUGGAAUCUGUUGGCGGGUUGUGUUUACCUGCAGCUCGGACUGGGCUGCAGUCGUUCUGUUCCACCUCGACGCCGACGAUCGGUUCUUCGGGAUCUUUACUGAAGAAAGGCCACAUUCAGCUUUAAUUUCACCCUUUCAGAUGUUUAAACCAGCUGUGAGCGUUCACCUGCCAGUCUUCUGUCUGUGUUAGCUGCUGACAUUUGAUGCCAUUGAACUCUAAAUCUUUGAAUCUGGUUGUGUUUUUUAAUCCAGAAAUAGCAGCACAUUUCCUGUAUUUUCCUGUCAAGGUAGAAAAUUAGAGCUGCCACAAGUAGUCAGUUAACUACAGUAAUUUUUCAAACAAAAAUGUCAAGCUUUUGCCGAUUCCAGCGUUUUAAAUGUCAGGAUCUGCAGCUUCUCAUUGUCAUCUGUGACAGUGAAUGAAGAGUCUUUUGGACUGUUGGUCGGACAGAAGAAGAAAACUGAAGACGUCACUUUGGGCUCCUGGAAAUUGCGAUGACAUUUAAGUCACUGUUCUUCUGCUCAUCAUUAUUUCAAUCUUUGGAUUUGUCUCUAAAGUCCAAAACAAAUGCUCGUCACAGUUUCUCACAAAGUCAGUUCUUUUAAUGUCUCGUUUUGUCCGACCAUCAGUCCAAAACCCGAAGACGUUUUCUUUACUGCUGACACACAAAGAAAAGCAGCAAAUGAACACGUAGAAGAAGCUGAGAUCAGGUAACGUUUGUCAGCUUAUAGUCGAUUUGUAGUUGCCAAAUACACAGAAAACCCAGUCGACUAAUCCCUUUCAGCUCGGUUAUAAACAAACAACAUUUCCUGAGUGAGCAGUCGGUCCCUCAUUGGCAGGUCGUCGCGCUGCGUUCAAAGUCAUUCUAACAAAGCAAGUGUUAGUCUGAGUUCAGAGGAGAAGGAUUCAGCUCAGGCUUCGUCAGUGGGUUAAUUUCAUUUAUGUUUCACAGUCCUGCUGUACAGUCGGUUCACAUCACAUCAGUAAAGUAAAUCCACAGUGAAAAUACUGCGUGAAUACUUCAUGAGAAUCACAUUCACAGUAAAUCUGCUUUCAGGCUGUUGGAGCACCAAUUAAGCACAAACAGUGACAGCUUGGAUCGGUGUUCACUGGGUCUGUUGGAAAGCUUCAGGAAGUCCCGCUCUGCUCUGUUCUGGUUUCAGUCGGCCAUGUUGGAUGUCUAACAUGGUGUUUUCUCUGUGUGUGUUUGUUUUUUGUUUGUUUUUUCAGGGGAGUUUGGGUUGGGGGUUAAAACUUGAAGCCAAAUUAUUGAAAUAAAAAUCAGAUUAAUUUUCUCUAAAUUUUCUUUUCUUUUUCGUUGGCGGGCACAGAAAAAAGGGGGUCAAAGUGCCUCUGAUGUAACUAACACCACAGUUUGUGUACCUGUGCGAGCAAACACACACACACACACACACACACUUUGUUUAUGUGAUGGUCAGAGGUCUGUCAGUGUGUUGGGUCACACCAUCUGAUCCCGUUCGUCAAAAGUGGACAAACCAAAGUCUUGACGAGUUCCAGACGUGAAUCGUUCAGAUGUCUGCCAUCUGACGCAACGCGUUUUGGUUUGGCGCCAUCUUCAGGACAAACUUUACUUUAAAAACUUUAAACGUCUGACGAAAAACAAAGUUUGUCUCCAGUUUUCAUCCAGAACAGCUAGCGUGACUACAGAAAGCUUCUCUCCAAACCAACUUUAAACA